CCGCCCCGCGUCUCCCUCCUCCUGACAUUGUCCUUCCUCUUCCUCCCGGGCCCUGUUUGGGGCAGCUGCCGCCACCCGCCUUCCUCAGGCGCCUCUCACGCACACCCCGCACUGAUGAGCACGUCCUAGGCAGAUCCUACCCACGGAGUUGAGAAAACAAACAUGAAGAAGUUAAAACUUAAGGAACUAGAAAGCCGUCUUCAGCAAGUUGAUGAUUUUGAGAAUCCAAAAUUACUUCUUGAACAGUAUCCAACAAGACCACACAUUGCAGCAUGUAUGCUUUAUACAAUUCACAACACUUUUGAUGAUAUUGAAAACAAGGUGGUUGCAGAUCUAGGAUGUGGUUGUGGUGUACUCAGCAUCGGAAGUGUAAUGUUAGGAGCAGGGUUGUGUGUGGGGUUUGACCUAGAUGCAGAUGCCCUGGAAAUAUUUAGUAGAAAUGCAGAAGAGUUUGACCUCACAAAUAUUGACAUGAUUCAGUGUGAUGUAUGUUCUUUACCUGCCAGAAUAUCAAAAACUUUUGACACAGUAAUUAUGAAUCCUCCUUUUGGGACCAAGCAUAAUAAAGGAAUGGAUAUGACUUUUCUGAAGGUAGCUUUGCAAAUGGCACAAACAGCUGUAUAUUCCCUACACAAAACUUCAACACGAAAACAUAUUCAAAAGAAAGCAGAUGAAUGGAAAGUGAAGAUGGAAGUUAUAGCAGAACUUAGAUAUGACUUACCAGCAUCAUACAAGUUUCAUAAGAAGUCAUCUGAUUGGUGUCAUGUGCUUUGAAGUUGGUGGAGUAGAAACGUUCCAGAAAAGGUGGAUAUUGAAGUGGAUUUAAUAAGGUUUUCCUCUGAAAAACUUCCAAACUGAGGAUUGGCUU